AUGAGUGAGGAGAAAAAACCGUUGACGCUCAUCUCAAUUGCAGAAACUGCAAAGUUUUAUACAUCGUUAUGUCUUGGAAUCACUGCUUUUAUCUCAGUAUUUGCAUUUCUCUUUCUUAUACCUUUUAUUGUCGAUCCGGCGAUAACAAGUUUGAUGGCGGAUUACGAGCCAGAACCGGUGACUUGUGUCGGGACUCAACAUGUUUACGCUGAGGGAUUGACAAACUGUUCGUGGGCUUCGUGUCGCGAAGGGUGUACGAGAGAAGCCACUCGCUGCCAUCAAAUCUACGUUAAUUACUCGAAAAUUCCCUUUAGAGACUGGAAACCGGCGUUCAAUGUCCAAUGGGACGUUGUCGAUACUAGGUUUUUGAUUAAUGCAGAAGGUUGUGGAUACCCUCCUUCUGUCAAUUGUACCGAAUUUGCUCGACAGUAUGGGUACAGCACUGCAGGCACUCCUUUUCCUUGUUAUUAUAGCCGAGUAUAUCCUGAUAUCGUAGUCGCAAGAUACUCAUGGGAUGAAACAUUGAAACAUUUAAUACUUUCGAUUACCAUACCUAACUUGCUAUUCGCCGCAUCUGUUGGAGUUCUUAGCUACUGGUACUGUCCAGGCUGUGGCAAGACUUGCAACAAAUACAUGCAUCAUUUUCCUGCCGAGGAUGAAGACUACGACGAAAACUCAUAUUAGCACAGCUAGCAGCCCUCCAAGAUUUCGUCACGCUCGCUUCGCAACAAUUCUAUUUGAUACAAUCAUAAUUUUUAUAAAUCGUUGUUAAAGCAACUAUUACGUAAAUUAAAUCUGAGUUGAUACCAAUAACAAA